AUGCAAGGAAAUGAGCAAAAUAUAAAACCUCGGCCACCUUCUAAAGAAGAUGCUGAACCACUUAUCGAAGUUAUUGUUGUAAUCGAUAAUGUUGAAGUUUUAGUAAAAUUGAAUGACCAAGACAAAUUAGAUACGAUAAGAAAAAAAUUUGAAAGUUAUGAAGAGAUAGCAAUGACAAAUGAUUUUAAUUUCACAAAGAACGGUGCGAUAAUUAAUAUUACAAAUGAUGAAAAAAAUUUUAUGCUAAAAGAAAUUUUAGUUGGGAAUAAAGUUUAUCUUAAAAGAAAAGAAAAACCAAAUUGGCGUGAUUUGGUAGAGAAAUUCAAGCUUGAAUAUGGACGAAAUUAUGAAGAAAGUAAAGAAAAAGCAGCGAAUAAAAAAGUUUUCACCGUUAAAGAUUGCAAAUUUGAUGUGUUUACUUCAGAUGAAUAUUAUUAUGACGAUAUAACGAUCAAAUCCAACGAUGAAUUGAAUCGAAAUAAAAGUUUAUUCCUAAAAGCACAAAUAGAAAUCCCAUCCUCUGCAAAAUUAGGUUUUUCAAUAGAAUCAGAAAAGAAUUCUCAAGAUUAUUCCGAAGAUGCACUAAAAUUUUAUGUUAAAAAUUUUGGUAAGGCAGAAAUUACUAUUCAAGAACAAAACGUCGAGUUUACACCAGAAUUCAAAAAAGAUGUGCAAAAAGCAAUUGAUUCACAAGAUCCAAAAAUAAUUAAUAAAAUUAUUACAGAGUUUGGCCAAUUUAUUCCUACUGUAGUCCGAUUUGGAGGAAGACUUUAUUAUGAAGAUGCGACAAACACGACCAAAAAUUCGACCAAUAACAAUAAAGCAGGCUCGGCAAAUUUCGGUAUUUAUGGGCAAGGCCCAGAGUUUCAGCAUAAAUCUGGUGUAAGCAGCAAGAAUGAAAGCACCACGCAACACAAAAGUUCAGAAGUUUUUGGAGGUGACAAAAUAAAAAUUUAUGAUGGUAAAGAAGCGGAAUGGGUAUCUUCUUUGCAGGAUUUUAGGUAUUGGGAACCAAUCGAAUUUCGUAAACCCGUAAGCAUCUUUGAAUUCUUAGAAGAAGACAUGCAAAAGAAAAUAAAGGAAAUUAUUGGGAAAAGAAUUAUUUAUUCUAACGUUCAAGAUUAUAGUUAUGAAAUUAAUGAUUUGGAUAACCACUUAGCUAAUUUAGAAAUGCCCGGAGAUGUUCAAAAAAUUUUCUCAGACUCUGAUAUUGAUCCUCAAGUUUUUGCUACAAUUCUUAACAUGGAUAAAAAUGACGAUGUAUUCACUUACGCAUUAUAUAUUCCAAAAUCUAAUGUCCCAAAAAUUAUCAUUAAUUGUAUUUCUAAUAAUGGGAAACAAAGAAAAUGUCAUAUUAAAAUAGGAUGGAUAGUUGUUGGAUAUAGUCCAAACAUUAAUUCUGCUCUCUUGAGCUCUGACUUUCAUCUUCAAAGUACUAAGAAGAAAAUAUCUGUGCCAUCGAAUAACGAACAUGUAUUCAAAAUGAUCGAGGAUAAUUCCCUAGUAGCAUGUGGCGCACCCAUAGUGUCUGAAUGGAAACCUGGCCGCGAACACCUGGUUAUUGGUCACCAUUUUAGUUUUUGUGGAAACGCAGAAAAAACUUAUGCAUGUCUUUACGGAUAUGACUUAGGCGAAAAGAAAUAUUCUAUUUUGCCUAACACUAAUUUUGAAUUCAAUGUAUUGUCCUUUAUCGAACAUCCAGGUUCUAACAUAUUAGUUCAGUUCAGGAAAGUAGAUCGAAAAUUGGAAAAGAAAAAGGGUCAAAAAUCGUCUGAAAAGCAUGAAACUGAUAAUAAACUGCCAGAAUUUGUCAGCUUGUAUGUAGAUAACAUAGGAAAAUGUCAGCAAUGCUUUCCAGAAUUUAUUGCCAAAAAGCUUGAUCGUUUUAUUCUUGAACAACCUGAAUGUAAGAAUGCGCUUAAGAAAAAAUUUCGUGAUCAUUGUUUUGCUACUGUUUUUAACCCUGAAGCUGCUAAACAGAAAACGAUCCAAUAUCAA